AAACUAUAGAAAGAAGAAGAAAAACAUGUAAAUAUAACCAACACGUCACAAUAUUUGUAUCUUAUCUCAAUAUUAACAUAUUUAUAUUGAUAAAUCAUCAAUUUUCAUCAACAUUUUCGUACGUGUAAUAUUCUAAUUGAAAACGUGUAUAAAAUUAUAAAGAGAUUUGUAAGUUUUAUUUAGAUAUUAUUACGCCUAAAAAGUUUUCGAUUUACCAAAUUAUAAGAAUAUAUUAAGAUGACAGAAGGCCAAAGAGCGUUGAUUCUAGUUGGUGGAUAUGGUACAAGGCUAAGACCUUUAACUUUGAGUAGGCCUAAACCUUUGGUGGAAUUUGCUAACAAGCCAAUUCUUCUGCAUCAAAUUGAAGCAUUAGUCGAAGCUGGUGUAACAGAAGUUAUAUUGGCGGUUUCGUACCGUGCCGAACAGAUGGAACGAGAGUUAACAAAGGAAGCUGAGAAGUUAGGAGUUAGUAUUCUAUUUUCCCAUGAGACUGAACCUUUAGGAACAGCAGGACCAAUAGCGUUAGCAAAGGAGCAACUUUCUAGGAGUACUAAACCUUUUUUUGUUUUAAACUCUGAUAUUAUUUGCGACUUCCCAUUCCGCGCUCUAGCCAAAUUCCAUGAAAACCAUGGAAAAGAAGGUACAAUUGUUGUUACAAAAGUAGAAGAACCAUCUAAGUAUGGUGUUGUUGUUUAUGGAAAAGAUAAUUGUAUUGAGAGCUUUAUCGAAAAACCUCAAGAAUUCAUAUCAAAUAAAAUAAAUGCUGGUUUAUACAUUCUCAAUCCCAGUGUCAUUAACAGGAUUGAAUUGAAACCAACUUCUAUAGAAAAAGAAGUAUUUCCACACAUGGCAAAGGAUAAACAACUAUAUGCCUUUGAACUGGAGGGUUUUUGGAUGGAUGUUGGACAACCUAAAGAUUUCUUAACUGGAAUGUGUUUAUAUUUGAAACAUCUACGUCAAACAAAUGAACAAAAAUUAUAUAAGGGACCUGGUGUAGUAGGUAAUGUUUUAGUUGAUCCUUCAGCCAAAAUUGGAAGUAACUGUCAAAUAGGCCCCAAUGUUACAAUUGGACCAGGAGUUGUAAUUGAAGAUGGUGUCUGUAUUAAACGUUCUACAAUUCUCAAAGACGCAACAAUUAGCUCCAACUCAUGGUUAGAGAGUUGUAUUGUAGGCUGGAAAUGUUAUGUAGGAAAAUGGGUAAGAAUGGAAGGUUCUACUGUAUUAGGUGAAGAUGUGAUAGUUAAAGAUGAAACUUACAUCAAUGGAGGACAAGUUUUGCCCCAUAAAAACAUUUCAACAUCAGUUCCAGAACCUCAAAUUAUUAUGUGAAUGUGGCAACUAAAUAUUCAUAUAUAACUAUCAUAAGAUAAUUCACAACAAGUGUAUUGUUAUUAUAGCAACAAAAUAUUGUGAAUAUAUUCAAUUAUUGUGCAUUAUUUUAGAAGUAAGAAUGAGUGGUAAAUUUAUAAUUUCUCAAGUGAAGGUAUUAAAGAACAAGUAUCAUAUUUCAAGCUCUUGAAAUUUAUGCUGUAUAUUUGUACUAAGUCUGUGUAAUGAAAAAUUUUUAUAUUUUAAUAUAUCUGCCUUUAUCAUUAA